UGUUUAGUGUGUGUCUCCGCCUCACUGCUCUCAGACAGUCGCAGGUAAGAGGACUGAGAAGACUUAAAGAGCUCUGAGACGAUCAACACAAAAUGGCCCCAGUGGCCUUCUGCGCUUUGGUGCUGCUCGGUGUCGUUGGGCCAGCGGUCAGUGACCAACACUCUCUGUACUACAUUUACACCGCCCUCUCCAAAGAUGUCGCUCUACCAGGGAUCUAUGAGUUCACAGCACUGGGUCUGCUCGAUGACCGGGAGAUCGACUACUACAACAGUAAGGACCAGGUUAAGGUUCCUAAGCAGGACUGGAUGAGGGAGAAGAUGCAGCCAGAUUACUGGGAAAAAGGCACCCAGUCUCGCAAGAGCAAAGAGCAGUGGUUCAAGGUCAACGUGGAGAUCCUGAUGCAGCGAAUGAGACACACAAAUAAUAGCGACCUUCACGUUCUUCAGUGGAGACAUGGCUGUGAGAUCGAUGAGUCAAAUGGACAAGUAAAAUUUCUGAGAGGCAUUGAUGAGUACAGCUACGAUGGGUCAGAGUUCCUCUCUUUUGAUGAUGGCAACAUGCGGUGGAUUGCUCCAGUUCCAGAAGCUGAGCCAACCAAAAGGAAAUGGGAUGAUGUGCCCAUCCUGAACCAGUACACCAAGGGUUACCUGGAGAAAGAAUGUGUGGACUGGCUCACCAAAUUCAUGGAGUACGGAAAAGAAUCACUGAGAAAACAUUCCAAACCAGACGUUUAUGCAUUUUCAAAGAAAUCUACAACUAACUCGGGCAAGCUGACCCUGACCUGCCUGGCCACGGGCUUCUACCCCAAAGACGUGACGCUGUGUGUGAGGAAGUUCCGCACUUCACUGCCUGAACAUCUACUAACAUCUUCAGGAGUCAGACCCAAUGAAGAUGGAACCUUCCAGCUGAGGAAGAGUGUGGACAUCCAGGAGGACGAAACAGCAGAAUACGACUGUUAUGUGAAUCAUAUCACCCUCGCAGAACCAGUAAUUACAAAAUGGGAGCCUCCUCGCUCCCAGGGUGGUCUGGGCUUGGCUAUUGGAGGAGCAGUUGCAGGUUUGAUUGUGCUGGCUGUGCUGGUUGGAGUCGUCAUUUUUAUAAAAAAUAAGCAGAAAUGUGUGUCCAAAGAUGAAAAGAACACCUCAACAUCUGAUAAGGCCCUGUUGGAAAAAAAGGCUGGUGGUUCUGAUGCUGACUCAGGAAGGGGAUCUGACGGUUCAUCUGACUCUGACUCCAGGACCAGUGGGUCACCAAGUGGUAGUGUGGUGAAUGUUGAAGAGACCACCUCGAUGCUGCGGGAAGCCUCCAGUGAUCCUGAUGGAAAGGCAAAUGAGCCGACACUGCUAACUUCUACAGCCUAAAUUCAUGCAGGAUGGAUGAUCGGAGAUCCAGGGGAAGUGUGAUUUUUUAUAUGAUGUCAGACCGCAAGUUGUGAUAAUGCUGCAGAGCUUGUGGUCCAUUGGAACUGAACUCCAGAUCAUCCAGGAUUAUACACCAGCACUUUCAUUUACCGUACAGACUCUUUUCCAUUCACUGACCAAGUCAGUACUUUCACAUCACUCUGUUACCUUAACAGAAACCAUCCACAUUAAACUGCACCUCUACUCCUCUGUUAAUGCUGAACUUAAAAAGCAGAUGAUACAAGUAGAAAGUGGGAGCAUCAAAUGCAGGUGAACAUACGGUACUUUAAACAUAUAGAUAAUAUGGGAGUUAAGCAGAUCUUCUCUUAAGCAAAAGCUCUACAGGCUCUACAAAUAAACAUGCUUAAUAAAAAAGCAUUAAUAUUAUAAGCCUCCCUUUCAAGCUUUUCCUUUAUUAGCCCACAUUUAGCACUAUCUGGCUGCAGUGUACUGAUUGUAAUAUGUUUUAAGAAGAUACAUAAAUGGUUUUAUGGAGCUUUUUUCUGUUAUGGUUUUACUUUUGUAACUGAUGUGUUUAUUGUUUUUUUUUUUUUCUGUAAUAGUGUAGCCUAAUAUACAAAGACGGAGUCAAACAUUGUUGUGAUUAAACUUAAAGUGAAGUCUUAGAGGGAGUAAAAAUGUAAGCGCAAGCUUAAUGUAAGCUGAAGCAAGUAAUCUAUUGUGCUAUAAGAUUAAAAAUUUUCAUUAUUUCAGUAAAGUGGUUUAAAAAGUGCCUUGUAGUUUUUGUUGUAUAUUUUUGUAUUCAUAUAUCCAACAUCUGUGUACUGUUUACAUACAGUAUGCAUGCUUACAAUUUGUAUUUGCAUUGUCAGAUGUGGCCUAAUGUCCUUGAUUUCAUUGUUUUUUCAGUCUGUCAGGGUCAGAGUUGACAGCUUUCUUUUUCACUCUCUUGUUCUCUAACUGGGGGUUAAAGAUCAAAGUGAGUGUCAUAUCUUAGUUUUUCCUGCUAUUGUCUUCUCUUGUUUGAGUAUUUUCUUGGCCAGUCUUCAGCUCAGCCUCAACCUGGCGCUACACUGUCCACCCAGAAACAAGCGAUGGCCUGGGGGUGUUUUCUGUUCACAUAUUCUGGAAAGUACCGGUGUUCAGCGCUCUGAUUGGCUCUUCCAGUGCGGGAAGAGAGGACUCUUGCCAGCCAAUCAGAGCCGUGUAAAGUUUAGUUUCUCUCUUAACGGACGAAGUACGCGUCUGAAGAUUAAGAAAAUCGACUUUUUUCAACAAAAAGAUCUUGCAAAGUGAUUUUACACCGGACUGAAUCGCAGAGCGGGAUGAUGGGGGUGCCUGCGGCUCUCUGUGUGGCCUUACUGUGUGGAUUUGUGGCUCCUUCUCUCGGAGGAGGUGAGUUGUUCUUUCGUUCAGUCGCGCUAUUGUUGCUGCGCCAUUGGCGAAAUCGAAAGUAAAACUGUAUCGCUAAUAAAACCCUCCGCGCAACUUAACGCGGGGAGUAAAGCAUAGUUAACAUUAAAAACCGGUUAUUACACGGUUUAAAAUUAGUAUUUCUCACUUAUUCAGCCUGAAUUCAGCAUCCUAGCGCACGAGGCUGAACUCAGCUUCCGGUCCGCCAGCUUGUUGUUAGAAUUUCCCCGUUCCACCUUAAACAGUGCAGCAGUUAUUGUGACGCCCGAGGCGCCAGAACGUAGCUGCUGCAGCAUUUAAGGUGGAACGGGGUAAUUCGAACGACAAGCUGGCGGAGCGGAAGCCUCGUGUUAGCGCCGUUAUGAACCGGGUUAAACAUUAAAAAGGCCCGUUACAGUCAAUCUGUUCAUCUCUGCAGCUGUUCAUCACAGCCACAGCUUCAGGCUUACUGUGUCCGGACUGAGGCGAGCGUGUCUGUCAGCUGGAUAAGCCGUGUUUAAACUCGAGCUCUGCGCCUAGGAAUGUGCGCCACAGCUGCAGAUCAUCACGGAAGUCCUCCAUUUUCUUUCAGACUGUGGUCUCAUGUUUUCCAUUUUGUGUUUGUGGACAUCUGUGUGUUGUUGAUGCAGAUCAUACAUCAUUUGUGUCCGAGUGUGGAUGGUUUGGAUGAAGUCCGGUGUUUUUGUCCAAACUGAAUAAAAUGAAAACAGCAUGUUGUUUAUAAAUGAUAAUGAUUUCACGCGGAGCUGAGCUAAUAACACUUUAAAAAACCCCCAAAAAACA